AUGACAGCAGUGAUUUGGAACGAAGGAGCAAUCUUGAUUGAUAAUUUGGAGAUUAGUGGCAUCGACACCAUAUCUAACGCCACCGCUAGUGGUGAAGCAGCAGUUGCAAUAGCCGAAUUUAAGAUCGCAAUAAACGCUUACUUGAAAUCACUUGUAGCGUCUUCUGUUCGCUCGUUAACGGAUAUAAUCGCAUUCAAUAACAAAUUUUCCGAUUUGGAAAAGAUUAAGAAUCUUGGGCAAGAUAUAUUUUUGGCAGCCGAAGGGACAAAUGGGAUCGGAGAUUUGGAGAAGGCAGCAAUUGCAAACAUGGCGAGGCUUACGAGAGAGGGAUACGAGAAGAUGAUGGCGGAGAACCGCCUAGACGCGGUGGUGACUCCACGUGCUGAUAUUUCUCCGGUGUUGGCAAUUGGUGGUUUUCCGGCGAUCAGUGUUCCGGCUGCGUAUGACAACAAGGGUGUUCCUGUAGGUAUUUGUUUCAGUGGAUUGAAGGGGUCUGAACCUACAUUGAUUGAAAUCAGUUAUGGAUUCGAACAAGCAACAAAUGUCAGAAAGAUUCCGACGUUUUUGCCUUGA